AGGGCGGGCGACAUCGGUGGCUGUGAUGGGGGACAGUGCGACAGCAGUGGUUGGGUAUUCGAGCGGGGAGGUACACGUCGUGCAUGUGGACUAUGUGCCUCGCUUCCUCGGCACACAUGAGGCCUACAAGGGCGUCACCAGAGUGCCGUCCGUGGAGCCCUCCUCAGGCCUCUGUCCGGGUCACUGUGGCCCCACUGGCAGGCGUGGGUCUAUCCUCUCUGUCCAAUCCUGGGCGGGCUCCCACCUCGGCGCCUCCCAACCCUGCUCCCUUUCCGCCUCCUCCUCCUCGCUCUUCACCUCCAACCCCCUCUCCUCCUCGCACUCGCUGCUCCUCUUCUCGUCCCUCCACGGCGGCAUCACCCUCUGGGACAUGCGUGCCACGCGCCCCGCCUUCUCGCUGCACCUGCACGCCUCCCUGGGGGCACCUGCCCACGUGCUCUCCGACCCGCUGCACGGGCUCUGGCUGCUGGCCGCCUCAUCCCGCUCCGCCCUCUGCCUGUGGGACGUGCGCUUCCUGCUCCCCCUCUCCUCCUGGCUCCUCCCCUCCGCCCCUCCUCCCCUCACCUGCCCCCCAUUACCGCCCUCGCCCCCAUGCUGCCCGCGCCCUUCCCCCCUUCGAUGGACGCCACGGCAGCCACAGCAGCAGGCGGGCCGGAGCACCUGCCAGGGUGGUUUGGGGCGGACCCAGGGAGGGGGGGGACGGGGGGAGGUGAGGGGCGGCAGGGAGGGGCAGUGGGGGCAGCAGGGGGGGGUGCAGCUGCGGAGGGGUUGGUGGGGAGUACGUCGCUGCCUCUGGUGUAUGUGGCGAGUGGCAGAGACGAGGUCAGCCUGUGGAGCGCCGACACGGGGCAGUGCCACCAGGUCUUCUCUGUGGCGCCCCAGCCCUCUGCCAACCCCGCCGCCUCCUCCCCCUCUCUCCCGUCGCCCUCCAACCUCCCCUCCGCCCUGCAAUCCGCCCCUCACCUGCUGCCCCUGCCGCCCUUCUCCAUCUCCACCACCACCACCACCGGCCGCACCCUCUCCUCCUCGCCCUGCAUGCCUCCCGGGCGACUGCCGCAGUCAUCCCAGUCAACGCGGUCAAUGCAGUCAACGCAGUCAGCCCUGCGGGUGGAGCAGCUGAAGGAGCCUCCCAUCCGGGCAGGGGGGGUGCGGGCGCUGCUGGCGGUGCCGGGGGGCGGUGCUGUGCUGAGUGGCGGCACAGACUGCUGCAUCCGCUACUGGUGCCGCCUCAGAGCAGAGUGGGUGGGUGUGUGGGGCCCACAGCCAAGGGUGCGCGGGGAGAGAUCCUGCAUCCGCGAUACGACAUGCGCAUCGUGCAGGGCACGAGAGUCAUACAGGAAACCCCGCCCCCCUUCUCCCUCGAAACGUCUCGUCUUCGCGCCACCAGUGCAGCAGCGGGCCAGCACGGAGUCGGGCGGGGCAGUAGCAGGCAGUCAGGGGCAGGUGGACAGGGGCAGCGGAGGGGGAGGGGGAGGGGGGCGGCGCAGCAUGGUGGAGGUGGCAGCGGUGGACGCGGGGGGGUGCCACUGCGAUGCCGUGCUGGCGCUGGCUGUGGCCGACCCGGGGCAGCGCUUGCUGCUGUCUGCCAGCAGGGACGGGGGUCGUCAAGGUCUGGCGCUAGCGGCCCGGGCUACCACAAGGCAAGAGGCAUGAGUCACAGCGUGAGUAGCCUUUGUACAAAAGCACUUCAUAAAGGCACGGUAGGUGCGAAUAGAGUUCUUUUAUUAGAGCAAGUGUAGGAUUGUUGCCAUGAACCUGUUCUCCAGCAUAUUAACGUUGGUCUGGUUAUUUCUAGUCAUUGUAGAUUGUUUUUCUUAACUGCGAGCAGGAGUAUCUGCUGCCGUCGUCCUACAUCCAGCAGCCCUCCCGUUGCUCGCUCCCCUCCCCUCCUCUGAAGCUGCCAUUAGUGCCAGACUGAACCCCUCACUCUACUAGCCCCCCAGCGGAAUUCUACCACCGCCGUAGCCAGCACUCCACGCGUAGGCCAGCAGCAACCAGCGCCAGCAGCAGCCGCCGCCACCAGGGACGCCAGGAAGAGCCGCCACCAGCCGGAGCGAUGGCUGUGUGCGUGCGCGCCGGCACGGCGAGGAGCCGUUGCGAGCCGAAGCUGCUUGCUGGCGCGCCACCGCCAUGCGACCGCCGCCGUGUCGGCUGACGCCGAGCUUUCGCCCAUCCCUGCCGGCAGUCCGUUUUUCUCCCUUUCCACCCAAUCAGCUUCCGCCAUCUGUCCAUCCGCCGCGCCAACUUCAGCCGCCGCCGUUUCCGCCGUGCCGUCAAACACCGCCAGCCCCGCCAGCCCAGCCAGCCCCGCCAGCCCUGCUAGCCCCGCUAGCCUCGCCAUCCCCGCCGGCCGCCGGUCGUUCUCCGUCGUUCCCCGCGUGGCCACGAGUGGCGGCGAC